GUCAAGAGAUGUUGCGCUACAUAGUUCUGGCCGGUUUAGCACUUUACAGAAUAGUAAAUGCUGCUGAUGAACGCGAAAUCGAAGGCAAAGUUGUCGUCGUGACUGGAGCAGCACAAGGAAUCGGCUAUGCUAUCGCCGACAACUUUUUAGCUAACGGUGCCGGUGUUGUUAUAAUACUGGACAAAAACUACACCAAAGGAAGCUGAGGAGAAUCUAAAAUACAA